GAGAGCGCGUGGAAGCAGUUGUAGUUAUUGACUUGUUUGUUCUAGAAAAAUAUCCAAGGAAAAAAAAGGUGGUGGUGGCUCCUUCACUGUCGCUGGCUACCUCUUUGCUAGUAACAUUAGCUGUAAUGUUAGCCUCCUGACUAUCAUUCGCCUCUUCGGCCUGGUUGGGAGCAGCUUUCUGAGCUGACUGAAGAUAAUAUUUCUAUGCCUUCUGCCUCAGAAGAAGAUCAGACUAAGUUCAAUGCAGCAUUUACCCCAGAGGAACCGUCGACUGCUGUGUUCUCAGUUGCAUAGCAAGGUAACGUUAGCGUGCAAGUUCCAUGUGGGGUUGGUGAAAACUUUUUGGAAUGCAAGUGUAUUUUACAAUUAUGCAUUGUACAUUCCCAGGUUAUUUUUAUGGGUUUAUGGUUGUUAGAUAAGUAUUUAUUAGUUGUUUUUUUUUGUCAACAGUCAUAGCCCACUGCCCUAUUUUGUUUUUGUUGUUUUUUUUCUUUUCUGUGAAAGCAAAUGAGGUGCUCUUAAAAAGGGCUCAAUACCUUACGCACUUUGUUAAAAUGACCUGUUGCAAAUGUGGUCAGCAAUAAAACACACAGCUACACGAAUCCCUGAAGUAAUUGUGUCCUGUGUGUCAUCUAAUGAUAAUGAUGAUUGCCUUCUUCCAGUAAGGUUGACUGGCACCUCGACAUCCCAGCAAUGCUUUGAUGGCAGCCUGGUAAGAAUAGCUCUCUCCACAGGUCCUGGCCUCAACAGACAAGACUGAGGAGCAGUAACACAACGUUGGAGGUGACUGGAUUUAGUAGCAAGCUGUGCUGAAGGAGACAGCAACAUAGGGACUUCUCCUGGCUACAAAAUCAAUUCGAGUUAUUUUCUUAUGGGAUCAGGUUUUUUAUUUACUGAACAAUGAGCAUGAUGGGAGCAGCAGAUCUACUCUUCAUCACUAUCAGUCAUAAUAUUUCCUUUAUGGGUAAAACCUGGUGGAUGUUGAUGCUGGUUUUACGUCUGCUGGUCCUCUUACUUGCCGGUUUCACCCUCUUUCGUGACGAGCAGGAGAGAUUUAUCUGCAACACCAUCCAGCCAGGCUGCUUGAAUGUUUGUUUUGACGUUUUUGCUCCUGUAUCCAUCUUCCAUCUGUGGCUGUUCCACCUUAUUCUUCUCUGUCUUCCACAUUUGAUGUUUGCAAUUUACAUCAUGCAUAAAAUAUUGUCUUAUCCAUACUUUGGAGCUUUCUACAGCGACAGGAAUCGAGGAGGUUCACCUUUCACCCUGGAUAACUCGAGCUCCUCAAGAGAACUGUCCUUGAAUAAAGCUCCACUUAAUGACCUCCCGCGCGAAUGGGGAACGCCACGCUUCUACUGUGCCUACUUCCUGGUCGUGAUUCUACGGAUCCUUCUAGAAGUGGUUUUCGGUGCAGGGCAGUUUUUUCUCUUUGGUUUGUCUGUUCCAAAGAGCUUCCUCUGUUACGAGGCUCCCUGCACAUCUGGAGUCGAAUGCUACAUCUCCAGACCUACUGAGAAGACCUUAAUGCUCAACUUCAUGCUAGGCGUCACCUCCUUGUCCAUACUACUGAGUCUGGUUGACCUGGUGAGCUCCAUGAAGGCGAUGGUGAGAUGGAGGAGGAAGAGGGAGAUGCUGAUAGAGGAGAUGAGUAAAGGAGAGCAAAGCAGCGUCUUUACAACGACAACUGCAUCUGAAGACACUGAUGUCCUUUUAAGCAGGAGAACCAGCCCGAGUGGAAGUUCAAAGAAUGGUCUCAGAGAUGAAAAACAUACUGCUGGUGUUGUGCCAAAUAGUGAACUUCUUCAUUCAAAGGUGACUGGAGGACCCACCUUUAAAACAGGUAUAACUGCUGAUGACAAGAGUCUAAAAUGCAUAGAUACAAAGGCAGAGAUGUCCCGCUCACCUACUCCCAUGAGCACUCUGGCACCAUCCCAAUUUGUCCUCCACAGUCACCUGAGACCUCCGCUGUGCCCUCGCCCAGAGAAGGGACCACUACCAAACACUAGUAUGCCAACACCCAUGGGUGUCAAAAAGCUGGGCCAGUACACCCCAGUGGAGGCAAACUCAAGCCAACAGUCUGACAUCAGUGACUCUCCUCAAGAUAAGAGGGCAUGGGUGUAGUGGACAGGAAUGGUGAAAAGAAGCCCAAAUAUUUUGCUUGAAUCUUUGUAAUGCAUGAAUUCAUAGAAACUAUUAUUGUUCUGUUGUAAUUUAAAAGCUGCACUAAUUAUAUACAGUAUAAUAUGAACAAGAAAUUAUUACCAGACUCUGCAAUUCCUCUCAGCUCUUUGGAGCCCAUUAGCUGCUUUUAGCUCAUUAUUUUGGUUUUCCAAAAUUCUGCCCUCAUCAACUUUGUGUCCAGCUGCAGUAUGCACUACACUACAUACCCAGCAUCAAUGGCAGACAGACAAAGUUAGCCACUUGUUAGCAUCUUGUGAAGAAUGUUGAAAAUCUAACAAGCUAUAUAUGUUGCUUUUGCAAUCUACUGUAAAAAGCCAGAUAUUUUUCUCAAGAGCUAGUAAAGGGCAAAAGGCAUCUUAUCUUAUCUUCUCCUAAUUUUUGUUUUUUUAAGAUGCAAGAUUUCAUGUGACACAACUGAUGUGUAGCUUUUCUUGUUGCAUGCUUGAAAGA